AUGCAAGCAGGGGGCUGCUUCGGAGGUGCUUUCCACACCGAUAUCGACAAAUAUUUCUCUCUCCUCCUCCCCUUCUCCCUCCCCUCUCCUUUUCCCAUUCCUCUCCCCGUCUCCCGCCCCAUCCUCCCAGCACUAUGCAUCGGAGGUGCACUGGGCUUUCCACACCGAUAUCGACAACCUUUCCCUUCUUCCACAUCAGAGAUCUCCUCUCUCCUUCCUCCCUCUCGCUCUUCCCUUCCCUUCUUCCUCCCAGCACUAUGCAUCGGAGGUGCACUGGGCUUUCCACACAGAUAUCGACGAGUAUUUCUUUUCCCCGGCCGGCACGCCGCCCGGCUUUCUUCGUCACUACCUGCAGAAGCUGCCAAACACAACAGUACAGGUUCUGCUCCAGAGCAUGUUCUGGUCCAGAACAUGUUUAUCCUGGGGGAUCCAAUAGGCUCUCACACCGACACGCUGCUAGAGCGCUACACCUUGCGCAUGCCUCACUCUACCUGUUUCCUUGCCCCUUCCUGUUUACCUUCACAUCUCUCCCUCACAGGUGCUGUGCUGGUUCAAAACAUGUUCUUCCUUGGGGAUCCAAUCGGCUCAGACACCAACACACUGCUAGAGCACUACACCCACCGCAUGCCCACCUCCUCCGGGCGCCUCCGCACUAAGCCCAUUGCAUGGCUGCCCCUCGCUGUGCACCUCAGUGGUGAUGUUUUCAUCAGCCCCCACCAGUGGCCUAUGAUGGAGAAUGGCCGGCCGCCAUUGGUUGAUACGGGGGUGCUGAGGCUGAACCACUACUGGGGGGACCGCGCCGGGGUGAUUUCGGACAAUACCCCGGAUUACAGGAUUGAUGUCACGAUGAUGAGCGAGUAUGGGGAUGGGCUCGUGAAGGAUGAGUCAGCAAAGCCCAUGGGAGUGUGGCUGCGGCAGCGCAUGCAGGUGGCAUGGACGGUCAUUUCAGCCCAGGCGGUUCACAAGGAGAGGAAGCGGCUCAGGAAACGUGUGGCUGAGGUGAAGACACGUGUCAGGCAGCUAGAGGCUCUCGUGCCGCCGCUGUUGAAUGAAGGAGGAGGCAAGGGAGUGAGGAGAGAAGGGAACGAAAGGGACAUGGAAGAGGAGAGGUCGUCUUUCUUCAUGUCUCCUUCCCCUCCGUUCUCUCCCCCCUCGCCUUCCUUUCUUUCGCCUCUCCCUCCGUUCCCUCCUUUCCGUCCUCUCUUUGCCCUCUCUUUUCUCCUCCCUCUCCCUUCUCUCACUGAUCUGUCUCCUCUCCCUGGCUUGCCCUUCCGCCCGCUAGCUUCUCGCCCUAACCGCUAUGCUUCUCCCUCUUGCUAUUCUGCUUCCAACCUUCCGUCUCAUUUUCUUUCUUCUCUUCUUAUACCUCCCUUUCUUUGCACGUCAUCUCCCCUUCCUUUUCGUCCUUCUCUUCUCCCUUAA